AUGGGAGUUGAAGUGAAGUCAAUAUAUGUGUACCCAAUAAAAUCAUGCGGUGGAAUAUCCGUUGCGGAGGCUCCGAUCUGCUCCACCGGAUUCCGGUGGGAUCGGCAAUGGGUGGUGGUGAACUCCAAAGAGAUAAAGGCCUCUGGCACGCAAGUCUUGAAAGUUCCAUUGGUGAAAUCAAACAGCAGUGGUGAAAAUGUGGUGGGUGGAAUCUCAGUGUGGGAAUGGAAUGGGUCUGCUUUUGAUGAAGGAGCUGCUGCUGCACAAUGGUUCUCUAAUUAUCUAGGCAGCCCCGCCCGCCUAGUUCGUUUUAACCAUGUAUCAGGAGUGAGGAAGGUGGAGGCCGAUUACGCCCCUGGAUACAGUGUUAUGUUUGCUGAUAUGUAUCCUUUCCUCUUGCUGUCUCAGGGAUCAAUGGAUGCAUUGAACGCUCGUCUCAAGGAAUCUGUAGCUGUGAACCGCUUCAGACCCAAUAUCGUAGUGGAUGGGUGCGAGGCCUUUAGUGAAGAUGGAUGGAGGGAGAUGAAGAUUAAGAAUGCAACAUUUAAGGGUGUGAAGCUAUGCUCCCGCUGCAAGAUACCUACUAUCAAUCAGGAAACUGGGAAGGCCGCCUCCUCCGAGCCCACCGACACUCUCCGAGACAAAGCCCUCCGACCAAACAACAAGGACAAAGGCAACGUCUAUUUCGGACAGAAUAUGGUGUGCACUGACUCCCUUGCUACCAAGCCAGGAAAUGGGAAGACUGUCAAAGUCGGAGACAUCCUUACCGUCCUUGAGAUCACGGCAUCCCCCGCUGCCUAAUCUACUCUCCACAUGCUCUACUCAAUUGUACUUAAACAUAUAAUAAUAUGUACUCGUAUCUUAUAAAUAAAACAGUCUCAAAAGUCCUUAUUUAAA